AUGAGUCACGAUCGACGUGAGCCAAAGCGUGCCCGUCAGGCUUGUCUGAACUGCAGGAGGAAGAAAGCCCGAUGUUCCGGAAAAAAGCCUGUCUGCGCAUUCUGUGCACGGCUGAAGCAGAACUGCGAAUGGGAUAGUCCGUCCGCAGAGUCAACUGCCAGGCCCUCGAUCUCCCGAUCUGGUUCAAGUGGUCGCGAUGCUGUUGGACUGGCCGCGCGUGUUGCUUUACUUGAAGCGAAGCUCAGUCUUUUGAGUGCUAGGGAAAUCAUCUCUUAUAACAAACGACCGGCUGUCACAGGCAACGAGCCGAGCCAUGCCAGAACAAGUGCCCGGAAACGACCUUUGCCCCAAGAAGUUGGUCCAGACUCAUCCUCCUACGACGGUGACUAUGCAUCCGCACCCAGUCAGGAUGUGUUUCACCACCUUAUCGACGUCUACUUGGAAUACUUCCACAACCAGCCGUAUACGUACUUCCACGAGGCCACCUUUCGACAAAAAUAUGAUGAAGGUCGAUUGCCUGAGUAUUUGGUACUUGCUUUCGCUGCCAUGGCCGUGCGUUUUUCGAACCACGAGAUGUAUCGAGGUCGGCAGCAAGAAGCUCUCACGGCAUAUGCCAACGCCUCAUGGCAGCAGAUCUUUGAAGACUCUUUCUCCUAUGGUGGGCACCUCGAAUACCCCAUGGUCCCGGCGACUGCUGCGCUACUCGCUGUCGUUGACUUUACUACUGGGCAUACCAAGUUUGCGUGGGUGAAAUUCUCCUUGACCAUCCGCUUUGCACAGGGCUUGAGACUCAACGAAGAGCCGGACGAGGAUCUCCCGGGCAUCGAACAAGAAGAACGCCGGCGCACAUACUGGUCCGUGUAUCUUCUCGACACACUCAUUUCGAUUGGCCCAAGUCGACCACCAUCCAUCUCGAAUCCGGAUUGUCCAGUACAACUCCCUUGCCAGGAAGAUCUCUUCUGCAAUGGUCCGGCGAGCGAAACGGAGCCGACGCUUGGAGCCGUGAUUGACGACCCUACUGCGCCAUGCCAUCAAGACCUCGACUACUUCGAUUCGCCAUGA